AAGUAGUUGUUUCAGAUUUUUUAUUUCAAAUAGUCAUCUUCACAAUGUCAUCCUUACGUCAUAUGAGAGGAGUCUUUGGACAGUUUGUGAGAAACAACUUUGCCAUAAAACAAGAUCAAUUGCUCUCAAACAGCAAUCGUUUUCGUGGAAACUUUAUACUGCCUUCGAGAGGUGUACAGAUUUACAAAGGUUCCGGUAAAGAUUGGCUCCCAACCUUACACGUCGCAGUUACAGGAGCAGCAGGGCAAAUCGCCUAUUCUUUAUUGCCAAGAGUUGCCAAUGGAGAGAUGUUAGGCGAAGACCAACCGAUAGUUCUUCACCUAUUGGAGGUCCCCCAGGCUCUUAGUAAACUAGAAGGUGUCGUUAUGGAACUACAAGACUGUGCUUUUCCUUUGGUUCAAGGAAUCAUAGCAACAGAUGACUUGCGGAAAGGUUUUGCUGACGUUUCUGUUGCUUUAUUAGUUGGUGCCAAGCCACGUUCUCAAGGAAUGGAACGUAAAGAUCUCCUUUCCACCAAUGCAAGUAUUUUUGCUCAACAAGGGAAAGCCUUGAAUGAAGGAAAUGCAGAUAGUAACUGAAAAUAUUCGUGGUCACGAAGAUCGCUA